CGGGAACCAAUGAGAUGUCACCAGUAGCGCCGCUGCCUGACCACCAAGAUUGACGUGGAAGACACGUCAAAUUGAUCAGAACAAACUGCAGCCAGAUAACUUAGAGCGAUUUUGCUCUGAUCAGAUAAAGAUCGCUCUUGCGCUUUUGCGGUGCGACUGGAGUUGUUGUGCAGUCAGAAGGAAGGCGCAGUGCUGGGAGGAAGAGCCUCUUUAGCGCACGACCCUCCUCCUGAUCUGGAUCUCUGCAAAAGAAACCCCCCCUCAUCCCAUGUCUAUCUGAGUCGCUACAUUUCUGCAGAGCAGCCUUGCGAUUCCCUAGUGCAGAGCGGAAUGGAACAAACAUACGGCGAAGUGAACCAGCUGGGAGGUGUGUUUGUGAAUGGACGACCCCUGCCCAAUGCGAUCAGGCUGAGGAUCGUGGAACUGGCGCAGCUGGGGAUCAGGCCGUGUGACAUUAGCCGGCAGUUGCGCGUCUCCCAUGGAUGUGUCAGUAAGAUCCUGGCCAGGUACAACGAGACAGGCUCCAUCUUGCCCGGGGCAAUCGGAGGCAGCAAGCCCAGAGUCACCACCCCCAACGUGGUCAAGCACAUCAGGGACUACAAACAGGGCGACCCCGGCAUCUUCGCUUGGGAGAUCCGAGACAGACUUCUGGCAGACAACGUGUGCGACAAGUACAAUGUUCCAUCUGUCAGUUCCAUCAGUAGGAUAUUAAGGAAUAAAAUAGGCAACCUUUCUCAGCCAAAUCAGUACGACAGCCCCAAGCAUCACCAAUCAUCCCAGCCGACGUUACCUUACAAUCACCUCUAUCAGUAUCCCUACCCCAAUCCCAUCUCCCCUGGCUCUACUAAAGUGUCAGCUCAUCACCCAGGGGUGCACAUGCCCACGGGACACAUCAACCUUGCCAGGCAUUGGCCAUCGGCUCAUUCUGUCAACAACAUUCUGGGAAUCCGCAUGGAACAAAGCCCUUUUGCCGGCACCGAGGGCUCUGUCUAUUCUCAAAAAAUGGAAGACUGGGCCAGCGUCAAUCGAUCAGGUUUCCCUGGCAGCCAGAACAUGAACGGCCUAGAGAAAUCUGUGGUGGAGGCUGAUAUGAAAUACCCACAGUCCGCCUCAGGUCUCUCUACAGUGGGCAGCUUUGUUUCAGCCUGCGCCUACCCUACCAGCAACCAGUAUGGCGUUUAUGGCCCCCCAGGAACUGGCUACGUCACGCCAGCAGGACACCAUUGGCAGACACAGGGCAGUCCUCUCGGGCCCGGCGUGACGGUACAUGGAGGAGACAUCGCAUCCCCCGUGACAUUCAAACACCCAGUCAGGGAAGUGGUGAACAGGAAACCCAACAGCCCCAUCAUAAAAAUCCCAGAGACCUUGAGUAAUGUACAUGGACUUCCAAUCCCAGCUUCAUCCUCUUAACCACUGCCAGGCACCAGCAAGUGACUCUAAGGUGGCAGCACCCACGCACGCGCCUUUCACAAACUGCUGCAGCAAUAUCAUGUCACGACUGUCCCUUUGGCUGCAGAAAGUCUGAAUUUGGAUCUGGGUCCUACAAUCACAGACGACAUUCCACACCAAGAAGAGGGGUGACUAAAAGAAUGAACCUUGCGUGAGAUGCUUCAUCUGGACUGUGAUACAGUUGAUGAGAAUUUACCCAACUCCUUCUCUUUGUUUAUUGUCACAUUACUUCCUUCUUUCUCUUUCAGUGUAUUUUUUUUCCACCUUCUCACACAAAUAUUUGGCCUCUGGCCCUUCAUCUCUUUUGAAAAUCCUUGGGAAAGGCUGGCAAAGGAUGAUGGGAGCUAUAGUUUAGCAACAGCUAAGGGUCCCAUGCUCAUCGCUCUUCUACAAUUACAAUUAUGUGUAUAUAUAUAUAUACACACACACACACACAGCAACAUGUACAAUUGCAGCUGGGUCCAUUGUGGUGUCUUUUAUUUAAAUACACUGAUAUUUAAUUCUUGCUAGGGGAGUCUUCCGUUUUUGUUUUUUGUUGUUUUUUUUUUCCAAAUAUUUGGAAUAAAAUAUAUGAUGCAAUGAUGUGAAACAAUCUUUGUGAGUGUAAUGUAUAGCUAAGAUUGUAAAUGUACAAAUAAAUAAAUAACUCCA